GCAUUCCUCCCUCCACUCCCCUCCUCCUCCUCGCUCUCAGCACCUCCACCAAUCUCACAACCACAAUGGACGUCCCCACCCUCUUCAACGUCAAAGGCAAAGUCGUCCUCAUAACCGGCGGCGCCAAAGGCAUCGGGCGCAUGAUCUCGGAAGGCUUCGUCGCCAACGGCGCCCGCGUGUACAUCUCGUCGCGGGACGCCAAAGCGUGCGACGCCGCCGUGGCCGAGCUGAAUGAAGCGGGCAAGGCCGCUGGCGGCGAGGCGCACGCUAUUCCUGUUGAUCUGUACAAGGAGAGCGAGUGCCGGCGCUUGGUUGAGGAGUUGGGGCGGCGCGAGAAACACCUGCACGUCCUCGUCAACAACUCCGGCUCCAACUGGGGCGCCCCUUACUCAGAAUACCCGGACAGUGCCUGGACCCGCGUGCUAACGCUAAACCUGCACCGCGUCUUCACGCUCACGCAGCUCGUAACCCCCCUCCUCGAAGCCGGCGCCACAGCCACUGACCCCGCCCGCGUCAUCAACAUCGGCAGCGUCGACGGCCUACGCGUCCCCGCGCUCGAGACCUUCGCCUACAGCAGCAGCAAAGCCGGCCUGCACCACCUGAGCCGCGUGCUCGCGUUCCACCUCGGCAAGCGCAACAUCACGUCGAAUGCGCUGGCGUGCGGCCCGUUUGAGUCGAAGAUGAUGGCCGCCACGCUCAAGAAGUAUCAGGGCGUUAUUGAGGAGGGGAUUCCGUUGGGGCGGAUUGGUCAGCCUGGGGAUGUAGCUGGUGCGUGUUUGUUUUUGGCGAGUAGGGCGGGGAGUUAUGUUAAUGGCGCGACGAUUACGCUGGAUGGUGGGAGUGUUGUUAAUGCGAAGUUGUGAGGGGGUUUGCGUGGGAAUGGAUGUGCAGAGAGAUGUUGGUGGUUGGGGGGACGUAAGUGAGUCUGUGUUGGAAUGUCUACGAGAGAUUUGGAUUGAAGAAAAGAGGUCUAACAAGAGAAAACUGUUUCGAAACCUCAGUAUAACAAAAUUUGCUCCUCAAACCCAGGUAUCUUUGUUUCCCAUCCCAUGCAGCGGCAAUAUAGUUUCCUAGGAUGAACGUAGCAGUCGCCGACGAGCUUAAAGCCAUCCUCAUACGGUCUGAGCACAAACGGCACAUCAGCACCUCUCAAAGAGUAGACGACAUCUCCAACUUCAGUAUCGGCUGGA